CACUGUUUCGCGGGAGAGAGGAGGAUUUCGAAACUGUGGUCUUCGAGAGAGAGAGAGAGAGUAGGGCUUCCUUUCCUUUGGAUCUUGAGCUAUGGCGACGGAGGAGCCGGCGGAGACCCCGCCGGACGAGCAGCGGUGCAUUCGGAGAAGCGAAAAGAGGUGGCGCUGCAAGGGAUGGCGGUUGGAGCGCCGUUCCCUCUGCUCCUACCACUACAAUCAGCUUGAUGCCAGGAAAGGCGGGACGGGUUCGUCUUCUUCCUCGAGGUCCGGGACGAGCAGGCCCAGGGUUUCGGUGGAGGAGGAAAGGGGAGAGGAGAAGACCGGGGAGGGAAAUAGACGGCCGAGGAAGAACGAUGAGGCUCCCCGGUCUGCGGCUGCGGUCGCCGAGGGAGAUGCCGGGUUGAUGAGGAAGGUGAGGCUCGUGAGGCCGAUGUUGGAGGGCGCUUCCGGCAGCGCAGAGGAGGAUGAGACGUCGAUGAAGGACACCGAUGAGGAGUUUUACGAUGAGUGUUUGAAUGGGAAGAAGAAAAGAAAGAAGCUGCAGCUGCAUAAGAAGACUAGGACGAGAAGAAAGACUGAGAGAAAGGUAGUGAAUGCAAGUCAGGAGAAUAAGGAAACCGGUCAUUCUUCUGGUACCAUGUCCAAGUCCACGAAGGUCUCAUAUAAUGAAUACCAUCCACCGGGAACUAGGUUAAACCCACUGACGGGUGAUGAUGCACUUAUGUGUCACCAAUGCCAGAGGAAUGACAAAGGAAGGGUCAUAUGGUGCAUGUUUUGCAGAAGAAAGCGUUACUGUGAAAAAUGCAUAAAACGUUGGUACCCUCACUUAUCAGAGGCAGAUUUUGCGGAAAAAUGUCCAUUCUGUCACAACAAUUGCAAUUGCAAGGCAUGCUUGCGAAUGAAGGGUAUUGCCAAGCCUGCAGAAAAGAUGAUCAAGAAAGCUGCCAAAAUCAGAUACUGCUGUUAUAUUUUGCAAUUGUUGCUUCCAUGGUUGAGGGACCUACGCCAGGAACAAUUGGUUGAGAUAGAGAUUGAAGCUAAGAUUCGAGGUGUUGUCUCAUCUGAUAUAAAAGUAAGAGUAUCUGAGUGUGAACAGGAUGAACGCAUAUAUUGCAACAAUUGCAGAACAGGUAUUGUUGAUUUUCAUAGAAGCUGUCCAACCUGUUUGUAUGAUUUAUGCCUUAGCUGCUGCCAUGAGCUUCGUGAAGGUUGCACUCCUGGGGGGCAUGGGAUUGUAAUUUUGGAGUAUCAUGAUAGAGGCAGAGAAUAUUUGCAUGGAGCAGCUCCUAAUAAUAAAAAUAAAGUUCGAGGGAGAUUCUCCACUGAAGAACAUGUCUCUGCUGAUUAUUUGUCUUGUCUAAGAGAAUGGAAAGCCAACAGUGAUGGCAGCAUUUCAUGCCCUCCAAAAGAGAUAGGUGGAUGUGGUAGUUCAAUUUUGGAGUUAAAGUGCAUGUUUGAUGAGAAGUUUCUUUCAGGUUUGGAAGAGAGAGGUGAUGAGAUUGUCAAGAGCAACCAGUUCACAAAAUAUAGUAACAAGUCUGAUAAGUGCCCUUGUAACAUCACGUCUGGCCAGAAUGAUUGUGCUGGGAAGAUGCAGCGAAAAGCAGCAUGUCGGGAGAAUUCUGAUGACAACUACUUGUACUGUCCUUCUGCUAGUGAUGCACAAAAUGGGGAAAUAGAGCACUUCCAAAAGCACUGGGAGAAGGGUGAGCCCGUGAUUGUCAGAGAUGUUCUUGAACUCACAUCUGGUCUGAGUUGGGAGCCGUUGGUCAUGUGGCGAGCUCUACGGGAGAGGACAGUGUCAAAGGAGGCACCUGAGAAAUUUGCAGUGAAAGCAAUUGACUGCUUGGAUUGGUGUGAGGUUGAGAUAAACAUUGCCCAAUUUUUCCGGGGUUAUGUUGAAGGACGGACUCAUUACAACAAAUGGCCUGAGAUGCUCAAACUUAAAGAUUGGCCUCCAUCCAGUUGCUUUGAGGAACGGUUGCCCCGCCAUGGUGCUGAAUUUAUCUCUGCUUUACCAUUUCCAGAGUAUACAGAUCCUAGGUCUGGCCCUCUUAAUCUUGCAGUCAAGCUGCCUAAGGAUGUUUUGAAGCCAGACUUGGGACCAAAAACAUAUAUCGCUUAUGGACUAGCUGAGGAGUUAGGAAGGGGUGAUUCUGUUACAAAGCUUCACUGCGACGUAUCUGAUGCUGUGAAUGUAUUGACCCAUACAUCAGAGGUUACCCUUAGAGACUAUCAAUUUCCUAUUAUAGAGAAGUUGAAAAAGAAACAUAUUGAUCAAGAUAUGCGAGAACAACUUUAUACUCAACAGACAUGUCAGACAAACCAAUCAGCACCUUCAUUAGAGAAAUCUGUAAUGAAGAUGGUUGAUGGCACUCUGAAUUUUCCAGGAGAUAAUAAAAAAAUUGAUAUCCUGUCAGCUGAAAAAGAAAAGCAAAAUGUGUGCUCCCUGCAGCUUCAUCCAAAAAUAGAUUCAGAGGGCAAUAUAAAAUCUAUGGGCAAUUAUCAGACAAUUGGUGGAAUUUGUAAUGCAAUGUAUACUUCCAAUCUUGUCAUUAAAGGCACUGAGUUGCAUGCUGUUGUUGAAGAUUUAGAAGAUAAAAAUGUGAAUCAAAGUGCCUUUUGCUUUGCCAGUGGCCAAGAAAUUAUUAAAGAUAAACAUGCAACAGAUAGCAUUGACCAGAACAGAUCUCAAAGUUAUGGCAUUACCUCUGAUGAUCUCAAAGUUGCCAAUGAAUCUCACAUUGUAUCAGAGAUGGCUGAUAUUGACUCACGAGAUGCUGCCAAUGAUAAAUUUGCUGCUUCUGACUCUUCUCCAAAAGAAUCUCCUGUAAAUGGAUUUCAGAAAGAAGGAUCUCAUGAUGAUACUGGUAAGAAAGUUGAAAUAGGUGAUGAUGCUUGUCCAGUUGUGCUGCAGAGCUACAAAAACCUGCCCCAUUCUGAUGCUCAACCUAAAAGUGAUGGAGAAUUUUGCUCUGCAGGAAUCAGUCUAGUCGAUUGCGUUAGUCAACUUUGCAACAAAACUAAAGAUAGCGAAGCACUCAAUGGGAAACCAAGUGAUGAUGAGGGAAGAAUCAAGGUAGUGACUGAUAAUUUAGGGGAGCUUCUAACCAAGGAGGAAGCAACUAGUCUUGUGCGAGAAGAUGAUUCUUGGAAUGAUGUGGGGAAACCCGUGGGAAGUAAUUGUGAUGUUUCUGGAGAGCCAGAUGAAGUAAGGAAAGUCAGAGGUAGAAAGGCAAAGAGAGGGAGUAAACUCGUUUAUCUUCGACAAAAGAGGAGGAAAUUUGAUUCCACAAGAGCUGCUGAUGGUGAUCUUGAUGGUUCCAUGGUGGAGGAUAGUUGUUCCACUAAAAGGAGUUCAGAGGUAACAGACAGAGAAGGUGAAGAACAACCUGCUUCCUCAGGUAACAGCAUAGAGCAAAAACAGACAGAAGGUGGUGCUCUAUGGGACAUUUUUCGAAGAGAAGACAGUUUGAUGCUACAAGAAUACCUUAAGAAGCACUCGAGAGAGUUCAGGCAUGUACACUGUUUGCCAGUAGAACAGGUGAUACAUCCCAUACAUGAUCAGUCUUUUUAUUUGACCGUGGCGCACAAAAAGAAGCUGAAGGCUGAAUAUGGAAUUGAGCCUUGGACCUUUGAACAAAAGCUUGGAGAGGCGGUCUUAAUUCCAGCUGGGUGUCCCCAUCAAGUCAGAAAUCUAAAGUCAUGCAUAAAAGUAGCAGUAGACUUCGUGUCUCCUGAAAAUGUCUGGGAGUGCAUGCGCUUGACAGAAGAGUUUCGCAAGCUUCCAGAGGAGCACAAGGCUAAGGAAGAUAAAUUGGAGAUAAAGAAAAUUGCUCUUCAUGCGCUUAACCAAGUCAUAAAGGAUUUAGAAGACGACAAGUUUAUAUCAGGGUGCAAUGCUAUAUCCAAGGAGGAACCAUUGGUAGAAUCUGAAGAAGAUGAAACAUAAAACAAGUGACAUUAAUCGAUCAGCAUCAGCCAGACUAUUCCAUCACCAUAAUGAAGUUAACAGUUGUAUUAGAUUUUGAGCUAUAGAUUCAACUUGUUGAAAAUUCACUCUCAAUGGAGAAAUUUUAUGUAGUUUUGAUCAGCUACAUUCCCUCGUUUUGAUCAGCUACUCCUCGGCAGACUGAUACUUAUGUCUGUUCUUUUUGGUUCGUGCUGCAAAUAGCCAUGACAUAACCAAGGGAGAAGAGGGAUUUUGUACAUCUUGUAGCAAAUGUAAAUUUUGUAUCCACUGUGAACCUAUAUGUCAUAUAUAGUUUCUCUAA